AUGGCACCACCAACUCCAUUCCCCCUCCCCGGAACAACAACAACAACAACCACAACAUCAAAUAACGGUGCUACCACUCAAAACCAUCCUACGACAGCAGUCCAAACAGUCCUCUCAUCUCUCGAGAACCUCAUUGAAGCCGAUAGUUCUGCAAUACUGGGGGAUCUUGAUCUCUUACAUAAGAUCAAUGAAGCAGCUCGAGAGCGGUAUAAAGCUAUGACCGAGGCUGCAGUGGGACUGGAGACUGAUAGCGAGUAUUUACGCGGGCGAUAUGCGGAACUGAAAAAGUAUACAAAGCAAGUCGAUGAUAUCGACGAAAGAGUGGGCGACCUUGAAAAACUUGUUAAGGAGUUAGAUGAGUGGUGCUCGGAACUUGAGGUUAAAAUAAAAAGACUUGGGAAUCAGAAAAGAUGA